ACAGGUGGGCCAACGGGGACCGGGGCGCGCGGGAGGCGCAACGGGCAUCCCCUUCCCCCGGCACGCGGACAAGGAGGGAGAUAGGGCCUCCCGACUUCCUCCCGCGCGCACACACACACGCAAGCACGCGAUCACUCCCCCUGCUUCCCUCCCUCUCAGUUUAAAUGGCUGUUCCGAACGGUCGGAGUUCUGGGUCUGCCGAACGUUUUCUAAUAGGCGCGCGAUUCCUCUCCCGUCCCGCCCCCGUGGUGUCUCUCGCUUUGAGCCAUUCUUUGGAAAGAGCUUCUUGCUUCUCUGUGGAGUGCGGCCUACUGAGCCUGAGCUGAAGUCAUGCCAGAGGAUUCCCCCUCUGAUCUGUUUCUUCCCUGCUCCGCCUUGCUUUUUAGUACCCUUCGCUUUCUGCAAAGCUUGUCCCAUCAGUGCUGCCCAUCCGUUGCCCUUCUCUGGCCCCUUCAGCACUGCCCUAUACAAUCCACAUCAUCUGCUUUGAGCGGGAUUACUGGGCAGUGUUGACAUAGAUAAUCCAGUUCAAAGCAGAUCAUGUGGAUCAUCUACAGUAGAGUCUCACUUAUCCAACAUAAACCGGCCGUCAGAAUGUUGGGUAAGCGAAUAUGUUGGAUAAUAAGGAGGCAUUAAGGAAAAGCCUAUUAAACAUCAAAUUAGGCUAUGAUUUUACAAAUGAAGCACCAAAACAUCAUGUUAUACAACAAAUUUGACAGAAAGUAAUGCUAUAUAGUAAUUACUGUAUUUACGAAUUUAGCACCAAAAUAUCACGAUGUAUUGAAAACAUUGACUACAAAAAUGUGUUAGAUAAUCCAGAACGUUGGAUAAGUGAGACUCUACUGUAUUUUGAAUUAUAUGGCAGUGUAGAUGGGGCCUCUUCCUAGGAAAAUGGGUAUCUGAGGGCCCUUCCACACGGCUAUAUAACCCAGAAUAUCAAGGCAGAAUAACCCACAAUAUCUGCUUUGAACUGAAAUAUCUGAGCCCACACUGCCAUAUAUCCAAGUUCAAAGCCGAUAAUGUGGGAUUUUAUCCAGCUGUGUGGAAGAGGCUUGAGGAAGGCCCCAGAUCCUGCUUGAGGGCCCUUCCACACAGUCAGAUAACCCAGAAUAUCAAGGCAGAAAAUCCCACAAUACAGUAGAGUCUCACUUAUCCAAGCUAAACGGGCCGGCAGAACCUUGGAUAAGUGAAUAUCUUGGAUAAUAAGGAAGGAUUAAGGAAAAGCCUAUUAAACAUCAAAUUAGGUUAUGAUUUUACAAAUUAAGCACCAAAACGUGAUGUUAUACAACAAAUUUGACAGAAAAAGUAGUUCAAUGCGCAGUAAUGUUAUGAUGUAAUUACUGUAUUUACGAAUUUAGCACUAAAAUAUCACGAUAUAUUGAAAACACUGACUACAAAAAUGCCUUGGAUAAUCCAGAACCUUGGAUAAGCGAGUCUUGGAUAAGUGAGACUCUACUGUAUCUGCUUUGAACUGGGUUAUCUGAGUCCACACUGCCACAUAUUCCAGUUCAAAGCAGAUAAUUUGGGGUUUUACAGUGUUCCCUCACUUAUUGUGGGGGUUACGUUCCAGGACCACCUGCAAUAAGUGAAUAUCCGCGACGUAGGGACACUAUAUUUAUUCUAUGUUUGGAGGAGAGCAAACUACAGACAACUUACUACAAUACAGUCUGUACUUUAUUUUAGCAGUUACAAUAUACAGUACACCCGCAGAGAAGAAAAAUGGAAGCUAAAUAACCCUUUUUUAUUUCCAACCCUUCCCUACCCUCCCCCUUCUCCUUUUAUUUCUCCCUUUCCCCCCUUACAAAACCCAUACACCAGAAAAAACCCACGAAACAGCGAAAAUACCGUGAUAACGAGUUACAUUAAUAUUUAUUGAAAAUCCGCAAAACAGAGAGGAAGCGAAAAGUGAACCGUGAAGUAGCAAGGGAACACUAUUCACCUGUGUGGAAGGGGCCUCAGAUAACCCAGGGCCUUUCCACACAGUCUUAUAUUCCAGAAUAUCAAGGCAGAAAAUCCCACAAUAUCUGCUUUGAACUGGGUUAUCUGAGUCCACACUCAGAUAUUGUAAGGUUUUCUUGCCUUGAUAUUCUGGGAUAUAGGGCUGUGUGGAAGGACCCGUAAUGAAUAGAAUAGACUACUGAAAUGCACUCUACAUGGGGCUGCCUUUGAACACUGUUUGGAAGCUUCAAAUAGUCCAGGAGUUCUCAACCUGUGGGUCCCCAGAUGUUUUGGCCUUCAAUUCCCAGAAAUCCCAGGCUUCUGGAAAACAUGAAAGCAGAUGAGAGUCCUGCUCAGAAAGCAACUUCUAACAUGAAAUACAGUGUAGUUUGUUUUUUGUGUGAAUACCAAGGCUGAUAAGAAACAUGUUUGAUCGAAAUAAGCAAGCCGAUGAAGCCUCUGCUGCUUCAGCACAAGGUGUAAUAAGAAGAGGUAAUGAAGACUCUUUGCGACAAGAGAGCAACAGUGGUUUAAACACACAGGGACCAGAGCCAGCUCGGUCUGGGUUACCAGUUAUGCAGAACAGGCAAGGCUAUUGCAAUUGCUGCCAUGUACACUACAGUAACCUUGAACAGCAUAUCUCCAGUUCCCAGCACAGACAUUUUGCCACUUACUGUAGGAAUCGUAUGGGUACAACUAGCUUGAUGGAGCGUUUCCUGCAAGAUGUUUUACAGCAUCAUCCCUACAGUUAUGAUGACAACAGACCGACUUAUGAUGACAUGCCAUUCACCAGCUCCCAACCUCCUGAAGACGAACCUCUUCUUUCAUUGGAUGUGAAAAAAGAGAGAACCGCAAGUAGGGGGGAAGAGCCAAGCAUCGACAGUGCAGUCACUGCUGAAUCAGGCCUCCUUAUUUCCCAGAGAUCACAAGAGGAACUGAAGAAGACUUCUACAGUAGUUGCACCUCUCCAUAAGCUAGAAGGAGGACAGGAACACAGUCCACAAAAAACUUUAGCAAUCAUUUGUAAUAAAAAGGACACUGUUCCAGUGGAAGAUGAUCUGUCUGAAAGUAAUAAUCCUAAAGCCUCAUGUACAGCUGUGAACCUCUUACCUGAUCCAGUACCCAUUAGCCAAUCUCCAUCUGCUCCACAGAGACUUCCAAAAAAUACUCAAGAUCCAGUAGUCCCAGAAUCCGUUUCCAGUAGAAGGUGUGAGCAAAGUAAACAUGAAAUAUGCAGUGAAGAUGGAGUGUUACAUCCGAGUCUGAGUGCUGUUUUACCAUCAACACAGUCAAAAACUGUUCCACUUUCACAAGAGAGUCCCGUCUGUAAUCAAGGCAACUCUUUAAUCUCAGGUCAACAUUUUUUAAAACAAGAUCACUUACAACCUCAGGAUAAAACUCAGAUUUCAGACUUCAGUCUCAGGAACACCAGCAACCCUUUGGGUACCAGCAGUUCCCAGGCUUUUCAAGUAGAUUCCCAAGUGUCAGGAAAAAAUGAAAUUAAGUUGGGUGGAAGUGCUGAAACUGUAGUUAAAACAACUGAAGAAGCCCUUCUGAAAUGUGAUAAAACUUCCCCCAAUGAGUUGCUUUCCAGAGAUGAAGAUACUAAUUCCUGUGUAAAUAUUCUGUCACUUCUUGAUCACAAUAGUGCACAUGACUCAGACAUAAGUUUUGAUUGUGAUGCAGCUGUCCAGUCAGGACCAGUCCUGCCCAAAGCAACUGUUAAAAGUUUAGAACUUCUCAAAGAGGUCCAAGUAAACCUCCAAGAUGAGAACUAUGGCACUCAGCUCAGUACCAUCUUAAAGAGUGGCUCAGUCCAACAGGAAGUAGAGUCAGGCAAUGAUGUGCCGAUUCAGAACAAUGAGCCUGUUCUUCUUGAUCACAAUAGUGCACAUGACUCAGACAUAAGUUUUGAUUGCAAUGCAGCUGUCCAGUCAGGACCAGUCCUGCCCAAAGCAACUGUUAAAAGUUUAGAACUUCUCAAAGAUGUCCAAGUAAACCUCCAAGAUGAGAACUAUGGCACUCAGCUCAGUACCAUCUUAAAGAGUGGCUCAGUGCAACAGGAAGUAGAGUCAGGCAAUGAUGUGCCAAUUCAGAACAAUGAGCCUGUUCUUCCCGCUCUGCCCCACGUGCCUCCUUCCUUUGUAGGAAAGACGUGGUCCCAGAUCAUGUAUGAAGACGAUAUGAAAAUUGAAGCCCUUGUGCGGGAUUUCAGGGAAGGUCGCUUCCGCUGUCACUUCGAUACCGAGUCCUUGGCUAAACAUGCAAGGAGGAGGGCAAGAAAGAAAAAGCAGGAGGAAGAAGGAGGGAUCAUUGCAAAUACAGCUAACAAAAUAGAGGCUGUGCCAGUGAAAGAACUUCCAGAAUUUACUGAUGCGUUAAGUGUUGCCUCUGACUUCAGCAACUCAUUUGUAAUCUCAGAAACACAGCCUGUUCCAGAAACAUCAAAGAGACCUAAAAAAAGGACUUGGCGUCUUGCCUCAAGAUGCCAAGUAGUCAAGGUUAGCCAUGGCACACAAACCAGCUUACAUCACUAUCCAGUAGUAAAACAAAAAAUAAUUAGAAAGGACUGUGACCCACCAGAUCAGAAAGAGAGCCCAUUAUGGUCAGAGAAUGAGAAAACACCUACCAUGAAAACAAGGCUCUGUGCCUUCAAGCUACCUGAAUCGUAUACCAAAAUUAUGACUCCUAUACAACCCCAGACAGUGGUUUAUGUACUUUCUUGUCCAGAGAUUAAACAGUGUAGAAGCAAAACUGAAGACAUUCCCAAAAUGAGAAGAAACCAGCACUCCACAGAUAGUAAGGACUCUGUAAGGUACAAAUACAAACAAGGUUCUCUCAGAUAUUAUGAUCCAUUGACCAAUCGAGUCUUAAAAACCCCUCCCCAAAGCCUGUCUGGGGAAAAGUCAAGGAACCCGCCACACAUUCGGCAACUCUUUAGGAGUCUCAACGUUGACGCAAACCAGAAGAAACAAGCUGAUUCAGAGUGUGAUGGCAUAAUGCCAAAGGCCUUCAGUUCAACAGAUUUCCACGGUUCUUCAGCAUCUUUCCUGCUACACCCAGUUAAAGAGAAUGAUGUGAAUUCAAGUCAUAAGACAGAUGGAUCUUCGAUUUCCACAGAGAGUUCUGAAUGUCUGGUAUGUAAUAAUUCAGAGAAAUCCUAUAAAAAUUUAGUCCUCUCACCGUUGAACUCUCACCAGUCGCAGUGCGAAGGUGACUUUCGAUUAACUCGUUUGAAGUCACAUGUGGCUGACUGUUUGGAAAGGGAUAAUCCAAAGACAAAGAGGCGGAGGAAAAAAGGCAAUCGAGAGUCAGGGGGUUCCAAAAAAGCUUCAGGGCUAGCCUUUGCCAAGCAUAGUCUUGUUAGGAGAGGCAAUAGGAAACAGUCACCCAAGACUCCAGCUCAGCAAAAGAGGGCGAGGAUCAGAAAGAUUUCUUCUUGUACCCCAAAAUCCUCUGCCUCAUCCACUCUCAGGCAUCAAACAAAGAAAAGUAGUAUAGGAAAGCACCUUCAGAAAGAGAAAUUGGAUACUAAAAAACUUAAGGUGACAAGGAAGUCCAAGAGGACAUUUUUGAAUCCUGAAAAAAAGCAAAGAGCCACUGCAAGGCCUUCUUCCAAAGUAAAGAAAGGGAAGGGGAGAGUUUCCUUUGCACUGUGAAAUGAGGGUUUUCCACACUACAUGAACUUGGAUUCUGACGUGCUCUACUAAGAGUAGUCAGUGUGGCAUGGGUAUGAUGAGUUCAGUUUUUAUGCCUUAGAACUAGAAAUACAGGGUGUUUCAGAAAGAUGGAUUCAAUUUCAGAGCAAUAUAAUUCAUGAUGGCAAUAUGUUACAAUUGCACAAAAAGUUACAAACAAUUUAAUGAGUUGCCAAGCUUUCCUAACCAUUUUGAACCAGAAACUAAUUGAAAAAAUUACUCUGCAAAUGGAGAAUAUCGCAUUACACCUUAUGAUGCAGGGUCACCAUUUUGCGAAUGAUUGUGUGCUAUGAGAGGCAUAUAGUGGUAAUUCUUUGAAACUUUAUGCCCCAUCCUUUCAAGUGAUAAGAGAUUCAUGGGCGGUUUGUGGUUACAGAGAUAAAGCCAUUUCAAAUUGGGUCCAUCUUUUUUAAACAGCCUAUAGAAUAAAUCCAUGGUUCAACAAUAAGCUGAAAAACCUAAGGUUCCUGUUCAUGUGUAUGCACUGUUCUGUUACCACAUAUAAGUUACAAAACACAUAUGUGUUCAUCAAAAGCAAUAAGAGCCAUGUUUAAUAAGGUUCCAGGCAUCCUUGUCAUGGUAGGUAGGUAUAUAUAUAUAUAUAAAUGGAUUAAAAUUUUCAUUAUUGUUCUGGUAAAUAUAGUGCACUACAUUGCAAAGAUGGAUAUGUCUGUCUUGUUGAUAGGAUUCACUUUUCUUAUCCAGCUGUCAAAGAACUCAUCCAACAGUGACUUGGAUCCAGACAUCCUGGUGUAUGAGCAGAAGUCAAUGCUGCUCACAUGUGAGGAUCAGCACUUUCUCACCGUCAGCAGUCCUCCACACACACCU